UCCAAAUAUGGAAGAAGCAGCUUACGGUAGCUCGAAUUGGGUCGGCCAUGGAGGAGCCGAGGCUGGCCAUUUUAAGGGCCCAACCGCCGCAACCAUCGAGACCUUUGGGCUCGACUGGAGAUCACUCAAGGCCCACGAGCAACCUCCUCGCAACCACGCGAGGGCUCCCUCUUGCGGAUCGUCCCGGCGUCUUGACUCAUCUGGUUGGCGGAAUCAGGUAAAUCACACGUUGGACGCGAGGGCUUUUCUUGAACCUCGUCCGAUCCGACUGGAAUAGGACUUCUCCUACGAAGACGCCGUAGCGGCCCGAGGCGUCGCCGAACCUGUCCUAGGCUCGUGUGCUACUCCGAAAUUUAAUCCCGAGGUUCGCGUAGAUUUGGAAAAUUGGAUCGAUUUGAAGAGAAGAUGGGAGGAUUAGAAGAAGAGAAGCAUGCGCGGUACAUCGUCUCGGUUGAAAAGAAGAAGGAUGAUUUCGAGGCUUUAGUGAUAGAGCAUUUGAGAAUGAAUGGUGCAUAUUGGGGUCUGACCACUCUUGACCUGCUCAACAAAAUUGGAGCUAUCGAUGUAGAUGCGGUCGUGUCUUGGGUGAUGGAAUGCCAGGACAAAGAUUGUGGAGGCUUUGCUGGAAAUUUAGGGCAUGAUCCACACCUUUUGUACACAAUCAGUGCUGUGCAAGUUUUAGCACUUCUCGACAGGCUUGAUCUUCUUGAUAUCGAAAAAGUGUCGGAUUAUGUGGCUGGCUUACAGAACGAAGAUGGAUCUUUUUCUGGUGAUAUGUGGGGUGAAAUUGACACUAGGUUUUCUUAUUGUGCAAUCUGUUGUCUCUCACUAUUGGGCCGUCUGAGUAAAAUCAAUGUGGAAAAGGCUGUAAAUUACAUUGUCAGCUGCAAAAACCUAGACGGUGGAUUUGGGACUAUACCCGGUGGGGAGUCACAUGCUGGCCAGAUCUUCUGUUGUGUCGGUGCGCUUGCAAUCACGGGUUCCCUGCACCAUGUCGACAGGGACCUGCUUGGUUGGUGGUUGUGUGAGCGGCAAUGUAAAGAUGGAGGAUUGAACGGCCGACCUGAGAAGCUUGCCGAUGUUUGCUACUCUUGGUGGGUACUAUCCAGUCUUAUUAUGAUCGACAGGGUUCAUUGGAUUGACAAGGAGAAACUCACUAGGUUCAUCUUGAACUGCCAGGACAAAGAUAAUGGAGGCAUAUCAGAUAGACCAGACAACGCCGUCGAUGUUUUUCAUACCUACUUCGGCGUUGCAGGGCUCUCUCUCAUGGAAUAUCCAGGAUUAAAGACGAUAGAUCCUGCCUACGCCCUUCCCGUUGAUGUGGUAAAUCGAAUCUUCUUUAGAAAGUGAAUCUACUGUGAUACGAACAAGCAAGUGGAUGCUGCAUUUGAUUGCUGCCUCCCGUAUGCAUGCUGGACGUUAUCCCCUCCCUCUCUUCCUAGUAUUCAUCUUGAAAGCUUUCGGGGAGUCGAAUUCCCAUCUAAAUCUUUUAUUGUGGACGUGACUACUGUAACUAAUACCACCUCAUCACUAGUUAUAUCAUCGCAUGUUUCCCUCUUCGCAUCA